AUGGCGAUUGCAAAGCUGGCUGCAAUGAGAAGUAAGGAUCCUUCCACGCAGGUCGGUUGUGCCAUAGUCAAUCGAGAAAACAAGGUCAUAGGAACAGGAUAUAAUGGCUUCCCCGUAGGAAUAAGUGAUGACGAUUUGCCUUGGGGGAAAAACAGUGAUAAUCCUGAAGAGAACAAGUAUGCAUAUGUGGUUCAUGCUGAAGUGAAUGCCAUUAUCAACAAGAGUAUGAAUAACAUCGAAGGUUGCACGAUGUACACAACGAUGUUGCCGUGCAACGAGUGCGCCAAAAUGAUCAUACAGUCUCAUAUCGCUGAAGUGGUGUAUCUUCGAGAUCGUCCUCUUGGUAAAUGGCAAUAUGAUGCUGCUAGGAAAAUGUUUGCUCUUGCCGGUAUAAAAUGUCGCCAAUUCACUACGAAUUUAGAGUCAAUAACCAUAAAUCUAAGUUAA